UUGGAAGAGAAAAGAAAAAUAGAUGUAGGCAGAAUUGGCCCAAAGAAAGAAUAAAGAUGAAUAGGGUCCUUGUCUUCAGAUCAUCAUCACUAUCACCAAUAAAUAUGCUGAUGAUGAUAAUUGAGGUGAAACUGCCAGGUAUUUUUUGUCAUCGUGGAAUCGCCAGCGGUAACCCUUCUAGUAGACCUCUUCAUUACCAGUCAUUGCUUUACAUUCCUUUGGAUGAAUAUCCUCAUCACGCUGCAGCUAAUGCGUAUAUAAAGUCAAUGACUUUGAAGCUUAUGUGGGACAAGGCCUUCAAAUUGAUAGAGGAAUUUGACAAGGGGAGUUUCAUUUAUAAACCUGAUGCUGCAGAAUACAACAAGUGUGUUACAUACCUAUGCGUACAGUUUUGGUUGGAUGGGGCUUUCCAUUUGAUUCCAGUAAUGUUCAAUAAAGGCAUCACCCUAGAUGCCAUCACAUACAAAAUGGUGAUUCGUCAGUGUUGUAUGCUUAACCCUGUCAUGGACAAGGCCUUUAUUAAAGAAAGAUUCGACAAGGCCAAGUGGUUGUUUACUGAGAUGAUGUCGUCGUCGUCCAGAUACAAAAGUGUGACACUCGAUAAUAAUACGUUCCACAAAUUAGUUGAUUCCUUAUGUGAGUAUGGAUUUGUAGAGGAUGCCUUGCAUUUGGUUCAACUGAUAAUCAACGAGCAAGGUGAGGGAUCAAAAAUACUUGAUGCACACACUUGUAGAUGUUUGGUAGGUGAACUUUAUGGUCAAGGAAAUGCAAGGUUAGCUGCAGAUGCUCUAAAGGAUAUGGUAGCUCUUGGAUAUGUUGAGGCAGGGCCAACAGAUGGUGUUUUUAGAGUUUUAGAUGGUAGUUUGGUACCUAAUUCCCUAGUUCACAUUCUCGUGAAAUCUGAGCUCGAGGUACGCCAUAUGCGUGAAAGGAAUGCCGCUAAGUUUGGGCUGCCAGCAUCAGACUCAGGGGACGACGACUACAGAUUUUGGAGUGAUGGUGUUUCAUUGACAUGGUUUUAUAAAAAAGACGAGAAAGGAGAUACAAAUGACGAGAACACAGAUUGAAGGAGACAACAAUCUCGUUGAGGCCGCCGACAAUCUACUUGAGCAAGAACAGACUAACACUGUGACCACAUGAUGAAAAAACAGAGCAUUGGGGCAGGCAAAUCAGUGAUGAAUAAAAUUGAUGUUGGAAGAAAGGGGCUGGUUUAGAGAUGUGGGAGUAUUUCAACUUGUUACUGAAAGCUCAACACGAUAACGACACAAUGUCGGGGCUUAUUGAAAAUGGAUAUGAUGAAAGUUGCAAAAGAAGUUCAACCAGUGGAAAGAUUACACAUAUAGAAAGUUGCAUUGAGCAUGUGUGACUAGAUAGAAAUCGUUGGUGUCAAAGCAACUUUUGCCCGGCAUAUAAUUUCCAACGCAACACGAGAAUGGAAUAACUAGAAGCAAAACAGUCCCUUUGGUGAUAAAAUUUGAUAUGAUUGGCAAGUCUAUGGGUUUUGAGCAUGAAGGAAGAUGCUACAGGGCCGACGAUGUGGAUGUUGUUGCGUGCAAUGAUCUCCAUG